AUGGGUUUGGGUGGCCUCAUCCCGCCCCUCUCCAGGCUGCUGCAGGUGAAGCUGGAGCGAGAGGAGUUCGAGGAGGAGGUGCGGGAGCUGCGGGAGCGCUUCGCCGCUGCCCGGGAGGAUGCGGAGCAGGCACGGAGCAGCGCGGUGGACCCCGGCGAGCUGGAGGCGCUCAGAAGGUGGGCGACGAGGGAGGAGAGACGCACACAGGCGGCGGGGACCCGCAUCCAGCGCCGAGGGACGCUGACACCCCCUGUCCCCUCCGUGCCAGGAGCUCUGGGGCGGUACCGCAGGGACCUGCAGCAGCUCCAGGAGGAGCGGGACGAGGCCGCCACGGCAAAGACCUCACUGGAGAGCGCGCGGGAGGCCUCGGAGCAGGCGAGGAAGACGGUGGAGUCCACCCUGCGGGAGGUGCAGGAGCAGAACGACGACCUGAGGAGGAAGGUCCUGGGGAUGGAGACGCAGCUGAAGGAGUACGAGCGCUUGGGCGAGAGCUGGGAGGGCUCCCAGGCACGGCUCAAGGAGAAGGUCACCAAACUGGAGGCAGAGCGCAGGCAGAUGGAGGAGUCGCUGGGCGAAGCCACGGAGCGGGAGCAGGAGCUGCUGAUGGCCAAGCGGUCGCUGGAGACGCGGCUGGAGGAGGCGCAGCGCAGCCUGGCCCGUCUGACGCAGGAGCACCGGGAGCUGAGCGCGUCCUACCAGGAGGAGCAGCAGCAGAAGGAGCAGCUCAAGCGCGCCAAGAGCGAGCUGGAGGAGCAGAAGCGCCUGCUCGACCGCACCACGGAGAAGCUGAACAAAGAGCUGGAGCAGAUGACGGAGGAGUCGCAGAGCUCGCUGGCCGUGCUGAAGUCGCAGCUGGAGGAGUUCAAGGAGAAGUCGCGGAAGGAGAUCACGGACUCCCAGAAACAAGCCAAGGAUCGGGGCGCCGAGGUGGAGAAGAUGCAGUUCAGCAUGGGGCGGCUGCAGGACGAGGUCGCCCGGCUGAAGCAAGCGCUGCAGGACAGCCAGGCGGAGCGGGAGAGCGCGCUGCUGGAUAAGGAGGUGCUGCCGCAGCGCCUGANNNCUGCCCGCAGGGACCCCGGGGCUCCUGCUCACCCUUCUGGUCCCGUCUCCUCGCAGGAGAAGUCCAAGCGCCUGGAGGUGGAGCUGGACGAGGAGAGGACCACGGUGGAGCUGCUGACGGAGAGGGUGAACCGGAGCAGAGACCAGAUCGACCAGCUGCGGGCAGAGCUGCUGCAGGAGCGCUCCAGCCGGCAGGACCUGGAGUGCGACAAGGUCUCACUGGAGAGACAGAACAAGGAGCUGAAGAGCCGCCUGGCCAGCUCGGAGGGGCUGCAGAAACCCAGCAGCAACCUCUGGCAGCUGGAGGCGCGGGUGGAGGAGCUGCAGGACAGGCUGCAGGCGGAGGAGAGGGAGAAGAACGUCCUGCUGUCCUCCAACCGCAAGCUGGAGAGGAAGGUGAAGGAGCUGACCAUCCAGAUCGACGACGAGCGGCAGCACGUCAGCGACCAGAAGGACCAGCUGAGCCUGCGGGUGAAGGCCCUGAAGCGUCAAGUGGACGAGGCGGAGGAGGAGAUCGAGCGGCUGGAGGGUGCCCGCAAGAAGGCGCAGCGGGACCUGGAGGAGCAGCACGAGCUCAACGAGCAGCUGCAGAACCGCAUCAAAGCGCUGGAGAAGGAGGCUUGGCGCAAAGCCGCCCGCUCGGCCACCGAUUCCUCCCUGCAAGAGGACCAGCUCAGCUCGGACGAGGAGUUCGACAGCGCCUACGGGCCCUCCUCCAUCGCCUCGCUGCUCAACGAGGCCAACCUCCAGACCAGCUCCUGCUGA